AUGGAAAAAGAUUCGAGGGUUCCAGGACCAAGUGUUUAUCAUACAAAUGAAGUAAUAAAUGAAACUAAAUCCGAAGUUAGAUUGCGACGAGAAAAACGAAAACAACAUAAGCCAUCUUAUUUGCGUGUAACAAAAGAUGAUGUUGUGGGAUCAAUCAAGCAAGGAUUUGGUAAGGUUUUUGGCAAUGAUGAAAUGGAAGGAUCCGGUAAAACAAAAAAAAUUCCGGUAUAG